AUGAACGCGUUGCAUGCUACGAGAUGUGACCAGGCACACCAUUCAGUCGCGUCAAGUUGCCAGGAUACAGCAGCACGACCGAGGACAGUGCUCUCAACACGCAUCAUCAAGCCAUUGUUUAUCAUACUCAACACCACUCUACCCAUUGUCUGUGGCCAUCCACUUGCUUAUUCCAUCCACUCAGCAUGGGCAACUCAUCAAGUUGAUCAACGUUCCACUGUCCUCUCAAUCAUCACCAAGGCUCUUGCUCAUCACAACAUCAGAGCAACCUUCCAAGUGGAUGAAUCCAUUGCUCAAGAGCUGCAACCUAAUUGUGAUGAUGCAGAUGAUUGCCCUGUUGUCCAGGGUCACUAUACUCCUCUGCCAGCAGAGCAGGAUCAUCUCCCUCUUGCUCAAGUGCAGCAAGUUCAGCAAGAUCUUCAAGAACAGCAAGACCUUCAAGAUGAUCAAGAUCACCAAGGCAUCCAAGUCAAGGUAGAGGUCCAGGUCACCUUUGAGAUUAGUGAUCUUAAUGAUUGCUUUUCUUAUUCCUCAAAUCCUCCUCCUCCUUCUCAUCCUUACCUUUCUCAAGACAAUCAAGAGCAACAACUUCAACAAGAGAAAGAGGUCUUAUGUGCUGGCUGCAAGCGCCAGCUUUGCUCAGGGCAUGAUACAGUAAAGAAGAAACAGCGCAAUUCAAACUUGCAUCAAGCGCGCACUAGCGGCAAGUUCCUCAUUACUUUAUCAGCAAAUACUAAGAUAGUAUGA